UUGCAGCGCAGGCAUAGUUGCCAGUCAUUGGAGUACCGGAACCGGAAACUGGCUCGCAGCAAGCACCGGGAACCGAGCAUGAAGGAGGCGACGGCAAAAAAGCGAGAACCGGAGGACGUGGAAAUGAAAGAGGAGGAGCCGGCGGCGGGAACCGGCGAGGGAGGGAAGAAGGAGCUGGACAGCGUGACUCUAGAGGACAUUAAAGAGCAUGUAAAGCAGAUUGAGAAAGCCGUUUCUGGAAAGGAGCCACGUUUUGUUCUUCGAGCUUUAAGAGCUUUGCCUUCCACUUCCCGACGCCUUAAUGCCAAUGUCUUGCACAAGGCCAUCAGUGGGUUCUUCACAUCCAACCCUACAACCAGGGACAUGCUGCUGGGCUACUUGGAGGAGCUGAUGGACACAGAGGGAGAUUUGCAGUUCCGACCACGCACUGGCAAAGCGGCAUCUGUUCCCUUACUGCCAGAAGUAGAAACUUAUCUACAGCUGCUGCUUGUUAUACACCUAAUGAACAGCAAGCGCUAUACAGAGGCUCAAAAAGUGUCCGAGGAUUUGAUGCAAAAAAACAUUUCUCAGAAUCGCCGUGCAUUGGACCUGGUGGUGGCAAAGUGUUACUAUUACCACUCACGCAUCUUUGAGUUUCUAAACAAGCUGGAUGUUGUAAGGAGCUUCUUACAUGCAAGGCUGCGCACAGCCACACUUAGGCAUGAUGCUGAUGGCCAGGCUACGUUGCUGAAUCUGCUGCUCAGAAAUUACUUGCACUACAACCUCUACGACCAAGCUGAAAAAUUGGUUUCAAAGUCUGUAUUUCCCGAGCUGGCAAACAACAACGAAUGGGCUCGAUACCUGUAUUAUACUGGUCGUAUUAAGGCCAUUCAGUUGGAGUAUUCAGAAGCCAGAAGAACUCUGACUAAUGCUUUGCGGAAGGCUCCCCAGCAUACAGCUGUUGGCUUCAAACAGACGGUUCACAAACUUCUGAUUGUGGUGGAAUUGUUGCUUGGAGAAAUCCCUGAUCGCCUGCAGUUUAGGCAACACUCCCUGAAGAGGUCCCUAAUGCCCUAUUUCCUACUCACCCAAGCUGUCCGUACAGGUAAUUUGUACAAGUUCAACCAGGUCCUUGAUCAGUUUUGUGAGAAGUUCCAGGCAGAUGGAACCUACACCCUUAUCAUCCGCUUGAGGCACAAUGUCAUCAAGACAGGCGUACGCAUGAUUAGCCUGUCUUAUUCACGGAUUUCGUUACCUGACAUUGCUCAGAAACUGCAACUGGAUAGCCCAGAAGACGCAGAGUUCAUUGUGGCUAAAGCCAUCCGGGAUGGGGUAAUCGAGGCCAGUAUUAACCACGAGAAAGGCUACGUCCAGUCUAAAGAAACAAUUGAUAUUUACUCUACCCGGGAGCCCCAGCUGGCUUUCCACCAGCGCAUCUCUUUCUGUCUAGACAUACACAACAUGUCUGUUAAGGCAAUGAGGUUCCCCCCAAAAUCCUACAACAAAGAUCUGGAGUCCGCAGAGGAACGCCGGGAGAGAGAACAGCAAGACUUAGAAUUUGCUAAAGAAAUGGCAGAAGAUGAUGAUGACGGAUUUCCUUGACCUUUAUCCAAUUCUCAGCUACCUUCUGGCUUUGUUUAUAUGUGGGUUUAGUUUUAUUCUUCAGUCUUGGUUCUGUUCCUUUUUGUAUGGCCUUCACGUUCCCCUUAGCCACAUCUGCAUGUCCAUUCACUUCAGAGAUGGAAGUUUUCAAAACAUGACGAAAACAGAACUGCGUGACUCCAGUCAUCUUUGUAACAGUUUUUGGGGCAGAGUUUUUGGUUUUUUUGGUUCUUUUUAUGAUGAAAAAAAUCUGAAAAUUCAGAAAUCACAUUAUUCUGGUUUGUAGCCGUUAAACCAUAUUCAAAACCGUAUGGUAACAAAUGUAUUAUGGCAACCAAAAAAAAAAAGUUGGAUCCAAGGUUCCUGUAUGUCACUUCUGUAAUUUUGGUAAUGCAGUGAUGUGCUAGUUAUCUUCCUGUGUUCGCACAGGAAUUAUUUUAGACAAGAAACCAGUAACAGAUUUAUUAUUAUUUGGUGAGAAUGAGACGGAAAAGUUCAGAACACAUAGUCUUUUGCUUUUAAGUUUCAUUAAACUCCAUUUGUAACCAAAUUGGUUGGAAAAAGCAA